CAGUAUACUGUGUUUUCCUUCUCGAGUCUCGUUCUUCUCAACAUCCCCUUUGAAUCCAAUGAGUUUGAGAACGUUUCCUCCAGAAAUGAGUUCUUCACCAGGAAUAGACGAAAAAACUCCGCUGAUGCGGUCGAUUUCCACUUCGAGUGAUGUUUUAAACAGAAGUAUGGUUAGUCAUCUCCAACAUCCAACAGAAGCGCUGCAGAGACCACAACCAACCCAGAUACAAACACAGUCUUCGUUCUUUCCUCUGGCGUGCGUGCUAACUACUGUUGUUCUCGAAAGGGUCACGUAUUAUGGAAUCUUGGCGAACCUUCUUAUUUUCCUUAUGAACGAUUCUGAAUUUAGCCCAUCUGCGUCUGUUGGCCUUGUGUUCGUUUUCACCGGUAUGGCUUGGAUGAUGUCGACUGUAGGAGGUAUUGUUGGAGAUUCCUACAGCGGUCGUUAUAACGCAGUAUGGGGAAGUCUUCUUAUAUACAUCGUUGGCGUCUGUGCAAUUUUGGGAUCGACUUAUUUCAGUUGCGGGAGUAAGAAUUGUCUUCUAGAUUGUAAAAUUUUAGUUGUGUUCGCUUUGAUAUUUGUUUCCAUCGGAGAAGGUGUCUACAAAGCGAAUGUAACAGCGUUUGGAGGCGAUCAGCUAAGAGGCCAGGAUGACAACAGAUAUCGGAAGUUUUUCAAUUGGUUUUACUGGUGUAUAAAUCUUGGUUCUUUCAUGGGCUUUUCUGUUAUUGCAUACGUCGAGCAGGUUUUUAACUUCGGAAUUGGGUUCAUCUGCUUGUUUGGUUGCAUUGCUUUGGCUGCGGUAGUUUUUUGCAUCUGUAGAACUCGUUAUAUUUCCUAUCCACCGACUGGACACAUUUUGAUGAAGAUGUGUAACAUUAUAAAGGAAGCAAAGCGCAUUAAAAAAGAAGAAUCUACAAGGGCACGGAAUAGUGAAAGUGCACAUUAUUAUCCUGAUAUGGAGGAGUACAUGCCAAGGAAAAGCUGGCUGGAUCGUGCUAUGAUGAAAUAUGGUGGAAGCUUUUUGGAUACUGAUGUAGAAGAAGUUAAGACAAUUUUAAAGAUCAUGGUUAUUUUUGCCAUACUCAUUCCAUAUUGGGUGAUUUAUUUCCAGAUGAAUUCAACAUUCUUGCUCCAAGGAUUGCACAUGAAAAUUGCUUUACAAGAGGAUAAAGACAGUCGCUCAGACCUUGCAGUGAUUCCUCCAGCUUCACUUUCACUGGCAGAUGUCCUCUUCGUUUUGAUCUUAAUUCCUCUUAUGGAUAAAAUUAUUUAUCCAUGGCUUGAUAGAAAGGGAUGGGAGCUAAGCGUUUUUAACAGAAUUUCAAUUGGGAUGUUCUUUGCGGUUGCAUCAAUGAUAGUGGCUGGUGGAGUUGAGACUGCCAGGUUGAAAGUACAGGAUUCACAUCACUGUGAGAAUCAGACAAUUGAUCGUAGAAACUACACUGCUUGUUUGGAAAUCUACUACCAAAUUCCUCAGUAUGCCCUGAUUGGUAUCAGUGAAGUGUUUGCAAGUGUGGGAGCCUUGGAGUUUGCCUAUAAAGAAGCCCCAAAGUCUGCUCAAAGUUUUGUCAUGGGAAUGUUCUUUUUCUCACAGUCACUUGGUAGUUUACUUGGAGGAGGUUUAUAUGAACUAUGUUCACUGGGAAAAGAUUCAUGGACUCCAAGUUUUACUCAAAACUUUAAAAAAGCCCUACAGGGCCAUUUAAACUACUAUUUCUUCUUGCUGGCUGGAUUGCAACUUGUCACUUUGAAUGUCUUCCUUACUGUUACCGUUAAAUACAAACUCAUUCAGUUCAACCAGAAAAGGACUAUACCUGUGAUACGAACAACCAAAGCUGAACGGCAGAGCUAUCUAAGCACAUGACACAGGUGUUCUCAAUUAUUUGCUCAUAAACAGGGAAACAUUUAAUAAAGAGAGAUAAGAAUUCAAGUUGUUCAAGAUAGUUAACACUGUUUAUUUUCAGUGGCAAGUUAACUUCAUCCUCUGAUUCUCAGCAGGGUCAUGAAGAGUCAGGGGGGUUUACUCCCUCAAAAGAGGGAUCCUUUAAAAUUUGGAAGGGAACAAAGGAAAACCUACAGAGUGUUGAUUUUUGAGAAAAUACAAUACUUAAGAGCUCCUCUAAGAUGUACAAGUUCUUAAAUAAUAAAUCUUUUUAC